GGAGAGCUUGGACCGUGUUGUCACGGUUGAGGAGGAUAAUGAGCCCACCCUGGACCAGGAGGACCCAGUCCUUGUUCAGUAUGUGGUUGAGGAGGUUGGGCACCGGCCCUGUCUGGCUUUAAUCCCUUGGUCUGGACCUCUGUGGGUUCCCAGCUCUCCAACAUAUUACCUUACCCAAGCUGGGAGGAUGCUGGUGAGAGAGCUGGCAGUGUUAAACACGCAGAUAUUCACAGUGGAGCAGCCCAUUUUCAUCUGUUUCACUCCUGCUAGGAGGAUGGUAUGGAAUGAACUGUCCUCUCAAAAUGAACAGGUAGCCAUUCAUAUGCAGUAUGUGGAUGAGGAGGUUGGGCACCGGUCCUGUCUGGCUUUAAUCCCUUGGUCUGGACCCUUGUGUGUUCCUAUCUUUCCUGUCUUCUCCAAGGCCAAACCAGUCUACUACCUCACUCGUGCUGGGAGAAUGCUGGUAACAGAGCUUGCAGUGUUAAACACACAGACUUCCAAAUUGGUUAUUGAGGAGCCUACCAUUCACCUCACUGAAGCUGGGAGGCUAGUGCUUGACGAACUGUCAGCACCUUCAGAUAGCCAUUCACAGCCAAAUAGGGAAGACUCUGGUUUUCCCUAUGAGAAGUUGCAGCUGGUUGGGAACUGGGGUUCGUUUCAUUUCCAUUACUGGAAUAUCCAUUAUGGACGAGUGCAGCAAAAUGAAGAGGACAUGCAUCACCUGUGCAUUGUGAGGGGAGUAGAGAUGCAGCUGUGGUGGAGCAGAGUCAUCCAGGAAAAAAUCCUGGACCCAUGGGGUCUCGUCCAGGUGGUCCUCACCAACAAGAAGCUGACUGGUAUUAAGUUCCUUGGUAGAAGGAUCCAUGGACUCAUGUCCUGCCUUGUCAAGAGGAGGUCUGAGUUCACCUAUUAUGAGGAUGCCCAGCAGGUGGAUAUCUCCACCACAGUGGAGGGGUACCAGGAGAGGGGGGAUGAGAUGAUGUCAUAUCAGUUCUCCACCUCUGACAUCAUCACCACCCCUCAUGAGCCGUCCUCUGGCUCCUCUCACCAGUUCCCCCAGAAUUCUACGCCUCCCCUUUCCCUUCCGAUUCCCCUCCCAGUCCCCCUCCACCUUACCACUCCACCCAGGACCAGGACCAGACCCCUGACAGCACUCCUCAGGCGUUACUUUGAAAACCAAGGGACAACCAACUUCUCUCUGAGGCUGGCCGGUAUCAGACGUGCUAUGGAGGCUCUGACAUCCUCUGACAGUACCUCCCUCAAUUACCUCACCCACGCUGGGAGGAUGGUGUUGAGUGGACUCUCCGAGCUCAACCAGCAGGAUGUGAGGCAGUUUCAGCAGGCCUACGACCUACUGGUGAACUUCAUUAAUGAGCCAGCAAACAGGGAGCGACUAGAGCAGGAGAUGGCUCUCGUAGGAGUAGGUCUACAUGCAAGCUUGAGCGUUAGCUGCAGGCACCAUCUUCUCAUCUAA